AGGGUCCGUUGAUAUGAUUAGUACAGAGAGAGCCUCCUUCAGACAUGCAUCUCCAGAAUUGAUAGAAGGAUGGUUACUAAAAGAAGGAAAGCUCUUUAGGACAAAGAAUAAGAGAUUUCUGAGAAUAUCAAACGGUACUCUAUCGAAUCACAAAACAGAGAACGAACCUGCUACGUGGGACUUGGACCUGACGGAGUGUAAAGUAAGAGAAGGGCCCCGAAAAUAUGAAAUACGCCUAGAACUACCCAAGAGAGUCGUAUCCUUUUUUGCAGAGAAUGAAAAAGACUACAAAAAGUGGACUACGGCAUUUAAAAGAGCUUGUUUUAGAGAUGUGGAAGAUUAUUAUAGUAUCGGUGAUGUGCUAGGAGUGGGAGCCUUUGGAACCGUUAGAGUCGCUUAUGACAAAGAGAGCGGUGAAAAGGUUGCUCUGAAAAUUAUAAAGAAAGAUAACUUCAAAGCUAAAGAAUUAGAGCAUCUUCAAAGAGAAGUAGAAAUUUUACGCUCCAUGGAACACCCGAAUGUGGUACAAACAUAUGACAUAUUUGAGACCAAAACAAGGAUCUACAUCAUACUGGAAUUCAUGGAAGGGGGUGAGCUUUUUAAUGCAAUAGCUACUGCUGGUCAUUUUUCUGAGUCGGAUGCUCGUGAUAUAAUGAAAGAGAUAUUGCAUGGUGUCGGAUAUCUUCAUAAGAGAGGAAUUGUUCACAGAGAUUUAAAGCCUGAAAAUAUUCUUCUUAAAUCUAAAGACUGGCCAUUGGAAAUCAAAAUAGCCGACUUUGGUUUGGCAAAUUUCACUGUUGGAGAAAAUGGUACUUCGGUGCCAUUAACAACCACCAUUGGAACCAUAGGAUAUAUUGCACCUGAGGUUAUUUUGAGACAGUCCUAUGGAGCUCCCGUGGAUUUAUGGGCAUGUGGUGUUAUACUGUAUAUCAUGUUGUCUGGAAAGAUGCCUUUCUUUGGGAAGAAUGAGUUGGAAUGUUUCAAAAGAGUUGUUAGGGGGCAAUUUUCCUUUCCUUCGAGAUAUUGGAAAGAUAUUUCCAAAGGCGCCAAGGAUCUUACAAGAAAACUUCUCGAAGUGGAUCCAAACAAACGUCUUACAGUAGAAGAAAGCUUGAAUCAUCCUUGGAUGAAGGCGGAGUCAUUGAGUAAAACAAACAUUGAGAGUGACCGUAGUGGUUUGCAUUCAUCCAAAAGGAAGUUCCUUAAUGCAGUAUAUAACUAUACGAAUCAGUAAAUAUAGAUGAGUCGAGGUAUUUGUCUACAUGAAGAUGAUAUUGAUCGAUGAGCUGAUUCUUGGAAUGGUAUAACUUUGUGUAGGAUUUCUUACUGAUAGAAGUUUUGUUGUGAUGUUUACUUUACACUGUUCUAUAUAUAAAAUUGAAUAUACAAAA